AUGUUGUCUUCCAGUUUAACCGAAAAAUCAGCUAAGAAAAGCAAAUCCGGUUUUAAAGGAUUGUCUAGGUCGAAGAAGCAUAAAAAAAGCAACGUGGAUGAUAUUGAUACUACAAAUGUUACAUCUACCACUAAUAUUACUUCUACUCUUCCAACGAGUAUUAUCUCGUCUACCAGUUUGUUAAAUAAUAAAUCGUCGAAAAUGAAAACUUCUUUUCAAAUUGUCACUAAUGAUGAUACCAAUCUUAGUAGUCCACUGUCGGUUGUCCCUACUGCUGCUGAAAAGAUAAGUAAUAGUAAGUCCAAAAGAAAAAUCAAGAAGAAAGAAUUGAAACAAAAGAAAGUGUCUGAACAAUCUAAUAUGGAUGCUGCUCUUCCUAUAUCUGCAACAGUACAACAACCUGUGAAAAGUAAAAAGAAACGAGGCUUGAAAUUGCAUUCGCAUAAAUCAGUAUUGAAUGGUGAGAAAGCAGUAAAAAUUGUCACUAAGCCGAUUUUUGGAGUUCCUUUAGAUGUUGCUUGUAACAGAAAUCCAAGUCAUGACGAAGUUAUGCUACCGGCAUUUUUCCGACAUUGCAUUGACUAUAUCGAACAAUAUGGUCUUAGUUCAGAAGGCAUAUAUCGUGUACCUGGCGUUCAUUCGCAAGUCCAAGCAGUUAUUUCUUCUAUUGAUAAUGGUCAAGAAUUUCCAGAUAUCCCACCAACCUCUGCGACGUUUUAUCAUAAUCAAGACGUAUUCACAAAACAUCGUUCUAGUCACUUUCUAAUCGGUACCACAGAUAUCAAUUUCAAAGGCAAAACACGACAUUUAAGUUCAUCUUAUACAGGAGCUAAGGAAUUCAAUUCAAUACUGUCUCCCAAAAUUUCAGAAAAUCGUGGUGUAGUUACACCAACGUCGGCCAGUUUCAUUUCCAGUGCUUUCAGUGUUAAAAAUCCAACGGCAGGUGUUGGUAGCUGCAGUAGUAAUGCUGGUGUCGGCAUCUCCAGUACUGAUUCACCUGCGAAACAUCUUUUACCGACUUCAUCGUUGCUUGCUGCCAAUGCUGCAACAUCAAUUUAUCCACAGUCAACUCUACCACAUGAUCCCGCAGUUAUUGCCAGUGUUAUCAAACAAUUUUUACGUAGUCUGCCCGAGUCAAUUUUGACAAAACGCUUGAGUAAUGUUAUUGAAUCCUUAUCAACAGACACUGUACAAUUCUAUCACAAUUUGGCUGCUUUAGUACAUCAAGAAUUGCCGGUGUCCAAUCGAUAUUUACUAGCUUGGAUUAUACAGCAUAUGAUGCAUAUUAUUGAUAGAGCUGGUGAAAACCGUAUGACAUUAGCCAACAUCAUUAUUGUCCUGUCACCGUGUCUGGGAAUUAGUCAUCGUCUAUUGUCGAUUUUGUUGAAUCCUACGCCACCGAAAGAUUUCUCCUUGGAUCUAUGUAAAUUAGAUCCAAAGCUGCCAGCAUUUAAUCCUGAUAAGUCAAAUAUUGAUCCUAGCACUUGGCAUUGGUUGUUUCCUCAUCCUGUGUACUUAUUAAGACCGUAUAUACCUCCGUUGAAAUUAAUCCAUGGACUAGAAUUACCCGAUUCCAAUGAAGAAUUGGAUGUAGAAUUGAAGAAACAAGAAUCUCUAUUAGCUCAUUUAUGCGAAGAAAUAAAAUUGGGUGAGACGAGUCCUGGUAAAGAAUAUCUCUUACGUGAUGUACAACAUAUUAUCACUGAAAUAAAACGACGUAAAGCGCUGACUGAUCCAGAGGCUAUAAGACAAGAGAUAAUUAAACAACAGACACAAUUGGAUAGAUUGCAUUUAGCAAUAGCCCAGUGUACAACGAUCGAUGCACAUUCAGAUACAUCCAGUGGAUUAUCACAAUUGAAAGAUAAUUCCACAUCUGGUCAACGCAGAAGAAUAACUGGAAGUGAUAAGUCGUCAAAAAGUCAUCAUCACCAUCACAGUCAUCGUCAUCAUAAUACUGAUCAUCUACAUCAGUUAACAGAUAAAAAGAUCCCUUAUUCAGAUGAAUUAUGGGAAGUACAACGUCAAAUAACAAUGCUUAAGCGUAAAUUGAAACAACAUGAAAAAUUGAGUGAACAGCAACAACAAUCACAAUCAUCUUUGACGACAAUUACAAAUUCGGAGAUGAUAGGGACAGCAGUGGCAACAGCAGUACAAGGAGCAUCAAUAUCUCCACUUCCGUCGCAAUCAUCAACAACAACCUGUCAUUCACCGUCGGUAUUAUACAUGUCUGGUGCUCCAUUAAUUAUACCCUCAGUCUCAGAACUGGAUCAAGAAGAAGUACUCAAUCUAACGUUAAGAAAAUUGACAAUUGAACCAUCAAUAACGACUACGACGACGACGACGGCAACAGCAUCAGCAGUAACAAAUACAAAUGAUGAAUUAAAUUGUUCAACAACAGUAAGCAACAAUACGGGUAACGGUGAUGAAGGUAAAAUAGUCUACUCAUCACAGAAACCUGCUUCAUCAGAGAAUGAUAAUAUGACACUGUUAAAAGAAGCAAAACCCACAUCCUCGUCAACAGCAAUAAAUCAACAAGAUGAAACCAAUGUGUGUAUGGAAAAUCUCUCAGAAACUAAUAAUGCUUCUUUGGAUUUUAAAAGUGGUACUAGUAAAAGUCAAAAUAAUAAUGAAUCUCUAAAUAAUACUGUCAUGUCAGUUCAUGAUACUAAUGCGCCAGCCAGUGUUGCUACUAUUCCUCCUCCUAGUGAACAGUUACCGCAUAAUAAUAAUGAAAAUCAAUUUGAUGAAAACUUGACAUCAUGUGCUGCAGCUUCUGAAACUCAGCAGAAAGAUUCAGAUAUUCAGGCCACUGACCAGGAAGUACAUCCAGAGUUUACUCAUCAAACGUAUGCUUCACCUAGAGAUUAUGAUGAAGUUUUCAAUCAAAAUUCUAUAAGCACGAUAGCUCCCAACGUUUUACUCUCACAUUAUCUAAUGACAGAUUCUCCAUCUCUGCCACCACCACCUGAUUUAGCGCCAAAAUUGACAGAGUUCAUAGAGCCUAGUGCUAUUAUGUCUACUAAUACUACAAUGGUGACGACAACCUCUCCCUUUAUACAGGAUCCUAAUCAACGUCAGAUCAUGUAUUACAAAGCACGAAAACAAGAAUUAAUUGCUAUACAAGCAGAUUUAAAAGCACGAAUUCGAUCUGAAAAUGCAGAAAUUAAUCGACUUCAGUUAUGCAUCAAUCAUCUUCUGGAGUCUGGUGGCCGGCGUGCUAGACGAAUAUACCGUACAUAUGUAACAGCGAAACACUUAUGUCCAUCUUGGUUGUAUAAUCAAAAUCCAAUUAUUUCAACAUCAUCACAGCAUAACACGAUGAGUGGUGGAGAAGAUGAUGAUGACGAAGGAAACAAUGACGAGAAAAAAUGUAACUGGCAUAUUUCACAACCAUGGACAAAAAUUGCAGAGAAUUUAACAAAUCUCUCUGCUAAUCCCAAUCUUCAUGAUGAUGACGAUGAUGAUGUUAAUGUUAGUGUUAAUCGUUAUAAAAAUCCUAGUCAAUAUAACAGUGUAAACAAGCAGAAAGAGAAAUGUCUACUUGAUGAAGAAGAUUCGAGUGAUUCAGAUAGCCAACAUCAUCAUCAUCAUGGUCAUCGUCAUUCUGACGAGGAUGAUAACGAUGAUGAUGAUGACGAAGAUAAUGAUAGAAGUGAAGAUGGUGACGAGGAGGAUUCACUUGAAGAGCCAAUUCUAUUGAAUAGAAAUUCAUCACCUGAUUCAGUUGCUUAUUCACGACUUACAGAAGAAGGCGAAGACGAUGAAAAUGACUUGAAACAGCUUGUAGACAAAAAGUGUUGUGAACAGUCGAUAAAUUCUGAAAAUGAAAAUCAGACACAAACUACACAAAACGAUAGAGAAGAGGAGGAUGAUGAUGAUGAAGAAGAUGAUGAUGACGACGAUGACGAAUGUGAAUUGGAAUUAGCUACAACACUUCAUCAACUUACACUAGAUAAUGCACGUCUAGAACAAUUGAAUGCACGUUCAUUAGAAGCUAUACAAGCUGAAAGAGAUCGUUGUGCUGAUUUAAAAGUCUUGUUGAAACUUCGUCAUAAUUCUUAUAUGAUGAAACCAAUGGAGACGAUGGAAUCGUCAACAUCGGAAUUCACUGAUUCCCUUCAUCAUCAACAUUCCAGUCAUAAUCAAUCACAAUCAAUUACUGCAUAAAAAGGAAUACGGAAUUAUUAUUAUCAUUAUUCAGUGAACGAGGAAAGUGAAAUAAGCAGUUUAAACAGGUGAAGCAUUUAAUCCAGUUGAUGUAGUCCAUACUGCUACUACUACUACUACAUGUAAUCAAAAUCUGUGCAAUGCACAUUAUAAAAUGAAAUUAUAAUGAAGUUUAUCUGUGAUUAUUAAAAAUAACAAUAAUAAUAAUAGACAGU